CAGCACACAACCUUGGAAUUGUUUUCUAUUCAUUAUUUAUAGAUACUGGGUUUGAAUGGCAAUGAAAUCCACACGCCCCUUAUACAUCAGUCUCCCAAAAGAAUAUGAAAGAUCUAUUCAAGAAUUGGGAGAAUGGGACCAUGGGAUUGUUGUCGUAGACCUGAAUCCAUUCUUGACAGAGACUGGGCUUCAGGCCUACUUCCAAAAGUUUGGGACAAUUACAGAAUGUGUUAUCAAGACUGACAAGACAUCAGGUUGGCCAAAGGGUGUGGGGUUUGUUAGAUAUUCAACUUCAGAGGAGGCUGAAGCAGCAGAGGCAGCUGGACCGCCACAUCUUGGAGGGUUUCAGACAGAUAUAAUCAAAGUUGUUACACCAAAGGUUGCUGAGCCGGUUAAAAAAUCUCCAAUACCAACCCUUUCAUGCAAACCUUCACAUGAAUUAGAAAUGCCAUACAGACACACUAACAGUCUCUGUCUGCAGUGAUUUACUCUAAACUCAUACUCUAAUAUUACUCCCUCAAACUGUUUGUUAUACCAAUUUAUUGUCAUUUUUUUAACUUUAA